AUGUUGUUGGCAGAUCACCAGGCGAAAGCUAUGGAAGGUGAACCAGGAGUUCUAAAGGUUGGUCGACAAGAUCCUGUUGUUAAAUCAGAGAACAAUGGUCAGUCGAAGCCAAGUGAUGGUGACAAGGUAUGUUUCAGAUGUGGCGGGUCAUGGCCACAUCCAAAGCGAAAGCGUUCGUGCUCAGCUUACGGGUUAGAUUGUAAGUGUGAUACAAAAAACCAUUUUGCACGUGUGCGCAAAAACAAGAAGAAAGUAAGAACCAUUGUUGAAUCGACUGACAGUGAUACUGAUGACAGUUAUCGGGAUUUAUCAGUGAAAAAUAGCAAGAAAUGUUGCAGUUCACAGUCAUCCGGUGCGUUUCCAAGUUGAUUCGAGUGGUGAUGUCAACAUCAUUGAUGAAAAAAACAUUUUCUCAUAUUAAAUUGCGGGUAAAGUUGUCAAAGUGUAACACUCGACUUUAUGCGUAUGGUUCUAGAAACCCUUUGCGACUGUUGGGCAAAUUUACGGCAACAAUAUCGAACAGUGAGAAGUAUGAUGUUGCAGACAUUUAUGUUGUACAAGGGACCCACAAUGCUGGGUCACUUCUCGGGUCGGGUUCAGCAACAGCGUUAGGAAUUCUCAGGAUUGUCAAUCAUGUCAAGCUUGAUGUUAGUUAGAAUGGGAAAAGUGAUUCCGCUUCAAUAAAGGGUGCUCGAUUAUCCAAACAAAAAGACCAAACUUGUCCCGUUACUUCUGUGGAUAAACUUGUUGCCGAAUAUGACGAUUUGUUUCAGGGAAUCGGCAAAUUGAAGGGAGUACAAGUUAAGUUGCAUAUUCAUUUGAUGACCAAAUACAACCGGUCGCACAGAAACAUUGCAUGCAGAGCUCCUUUUCAUCUGCGAGAGAAAUUAGAUGCUGAACUUGAACGUUUGGAGAAAGCUGAAAUUAUAGAGAAAGUCGAGUCAGCCACACAUUGGGUCUCGCCAAAAAAGGGCACGCACGGAUGAAUUACGAAUGUGUGUUGAUAUGCCGAUAUCGGAGCACCCAAUCGAGCAAUUAAACGGGUAAAACACGUAAUUCCAACAAUUGAAGAUCUACACCAUGAUAUUAAUGGUGCGAGAGUCUUUUCUAAACUUGACCUGGCAAAUGGUUUUCAUCAGUUGGAGCUCCAUGAGGACAGCCGAGGGAUUACAACGUUCUCAACACAUGCAGGCCCCCGGAGGUUUCGCCGUCUCAACUUUGGUACCAACUCUGCGCCAGAGAUUUUUCACGAAGAACUACGUAAACUGCUUGUGGGCAUUAAGGGUGUUCGUAAUAUUCAUGAUGACAUCCUGGUAACGGGGGUUGAUACUCAAGACCACUACAGAGCUUUGUCUUGGACGUUCCGGCGACUUCGGGAGGCAGCUAGCCUAACACUUAAGCGAAGUGUGAGAAGUCCGAGUUAACAUUUUUUGGACUUGUUUUCACCAAGGAUGGAAUUCGGCCUGAUCCAGAGAAAGCAAUACAAUCUCUCAGCGCUCCGAGAAAUUUAUCUCAACUACGGUCCUUCUUGGGAAUGACAAAUUAUUCGGCACAGUUUAUAUGUCACGGACAAUGCCACUCUUUUGUUGACCCUCUACGUUCUUUGACGAAGAAAGAUGCUCGUUGGGUGUGGACAGAGGAACACCAAGAGUGUUUCGAACAGCUCAAAGAAAGCUUAAAAGAAAAUGCUUUGUUGAAUUACUACGAUCCUAGGCUUCCAACGGAAGUAGUAAGUGACGCAUCUCCAGUUGGCGUGAGUGCUAUAUUAGCUCAGUAUAAGUCGGGGGAAACGGUGCCGAGAGUAACUGCAUAUAACAGUAGAACGCUUACGCCCGUGGAAAGAAGGUAUGGUCCAGAUCAUAGAGAGAAUCUCUAUCUUAAAAACCAACUGUACUUGUAA